AUGGGGGAGGCGGCCAGCGCCGCGCCCGCCCUCUGGGACUGGGGCUACUUGGACCGCUGCUUCGCCCGCCACCGCGUCUGCAUCUCCUUCAGCCUCUGGCUCUGCGCCUCCUCCUGCUGGAUCGCCGCCCACACACUGCUCCUCUAUCUGAGAUGUGCCAAGAAGUGCAGACAGGACCAGUCCGCGCUAUGUGCCGCGUGCUGCCUCCUGGCCAGCCUGUGCGACACGGUCGGGGCGAUUCUGGCCAGACAGCUCGCGAUCCAGGUUUUCACUGGUGCCUACCUGGCAGCUGUUGACCUGGUGAACUUUGUGUUCAUUCUCUUCCCAGUCUGCGGCUCCAAGUUGAAGUCUAAUUCGGGUCACGGCUCCCAGGAGAGGAAGGGGAGGCAGCGGCUCAGGGCCAGCGUAUUUGCCUUGACUCUGCCCCUGAGCCUGGGCCCCUGCUGGGCUCUCUGGGCUUUUGUCCCGAAGGCUUCAGGCCUUGUCCGAGGGCCACAGCGGAGGCUGCUGGGAAGCCUGCUGCAGGACAACACUGAAAUGUUUGGCUACCUGCUGGGUGGCAUCGCUGCCUGCGGCUCCUGGGCCUCCCGGAUGCCCCCACUCGCCAGAAUCUGCCGGGGUAAGACGCUUCCCUGCAUCCACCUGUGGACCCGGCUCCUGUCGGCCCUGGCUGGCCUCCUCUACGCCUCAGCCAUUGUGGCCCAUGACCGGAGGCCCGAGUACCUGCUGCGGGCCACACCCUGGUUCCUGACCUCCCUGGGCCGCGCGGCGCUGGACCUCGCUAUCAUUUUCCUUUCCUGGGUGAUGAAAAGCAAGUUGAGGCGGGCCUUGGGAUUUGCCUCUGAAGCCAGAGAGAGCCCCGACACCCAAGCCCUUCUGACCUGCGCAGAGAAGGAGGAAGACAACGAGGAGGCGAGGAAUCACGGGCUGGAAAACCGCUGGUCCCCCCAGUGUCUGCAUGUGGAGGGGAUGGAGAAUUCAGAUUGGGUGCCUCUCACUACACUGCCGCCCUGCAAGCCACUCAGGACAAUGACAGCCAUUAGUCACUACAUGGAGCUGACCAUCGAGCCAGUGCAACAGGCGGGCUGCAGCGCCACCAGGCUGCCUGGCGACGGACAGAUGAACCUUGGAGACAUGCCCCUGCCGGAGCCGCCCUCGUACCCUCCCAUCCGGGUCAUCCGGGCCCGCGUGUCUUCCAGCAGCUCCUCCGAGGUCCCCUCCAUCAACUCCGACCUUGAGUGCGACCCCGAAGAUAUAAACCUUGAAGGGAAUAAAGACCGCGUGAAGAUGCUUAGAUCCCAGAUGCAAAGGUGUCCUAUGAGGCCAGUGGACUUGACUUCUGAAGAGUAA